GUAUAGCAGUUAGUUCUUUUUCUAUUAUAGAUCUGUUUUUAUUUCACGGUUUAAAAUUUUUACCAGCAAAAACUUUUGGAUAGUCAUUUUCAUCCGUUAGUUGUGAUAGGAAACCUCCACAUGCUACAUCUGAAGCUUCUGCAGUUAUUGUUUUGUGAAAUCUGGAUGUAUUAAUAUAGUAGGAGAUACUAUUUUUCCCCCAAGUGUAUCCAACGUUCCUUGACAUUCAUUUAUCCAAUCAAAUUUUAAUAUUUUUGCAUUGUAUUUUGAUAAGGUUAUCUAAAAGUCUUGCUAUUUUUGCAAAUUUUCUUCCGCUUUUGAGCUUGUCCAUUCUCCAUUCUGUCCAUUCUCGCCUGCCAACCCAGAUUGGGCAGUGAGCUCGCAUUGACCAUUUCCACUUAUGGUUUAGUCUUCUGCGUUGGAUACAGGUGUCCCAUUAAGAAUUUUCCUCUGUUUCCUUUUAUUUCUAUUGAUGUUUAAUGAACUUUAUUAAUGAGCACUUUGAAUAUGGUAACUUUACACGAGGAUCCGUGUUUGGUAUGUGCAGCAGAUUUUUUUUAUUAUUGAUUUUUAUACAGACUUUGAGCCUUUUGGCUUAGUUCGCCUCUGCUUAAACUACUUAAAACCCGACAUUUAAAACCCAAGCAUUUUUUUCGUCAGAACGGCCUAGUUGGCCGUAUCAUUUAGGCAAAGCAUUUCCUCCUUGCGUAAACCUUAAUCCGAGUUGGCUCGAUUACCUUAAAACUAAGCUUAAAACUAAAAGAAAAAUCGAUUUAUUUUACACUAUGUUUGGUAGUGUAUCCAUGGCAAUCAGUGAGAAUGUGACGAACCGUAACCGCGCGGCUACACGAGGUGAAAUAUACAGCGAAAUGAACUAUUUGACAGGCGAAAUAUCUGACAGAUAAAGCAUCACAGCAACCAGCUGAUGUGCAAUGUAAACAAAUAACGUGCACAAAAUCGUAAUUAAAUCCAUUAAAUAACUUCAAUAUCGAGUACUUCGGCAAUUUUCAGUCAACAGUUCAUGAUCUCUUCUAAUUAGGGAAUGUUCUGCUUAAGAAUAUAUUAAUUUAAAUAGAAUUUCGAAAGCGGAUGUUGUGUCUCCCCCAACCCUUUAGCUGUACCUGUCAGAUAUUUCACCUGUCAAAUAGUUCAUUUCGCUGUAUAUUUCACCUCAUGUAGCCGCGCGGUAAUGUUUACGUCAACAAAAGUUGCAUAACGGUGGGUUGAACUUUUCUUGGAGAUAGGAGUGAGUAAGACGAGUGUAGCCGAUCCUGAGACGCGACAGCACUUGUUGGUGGCGACUGGAGUGUGUGUCUUUCCAGGCUAAUGUUGAUGGUUUGAUGGUUUGAAGAACAGAAGGAUAGGAAAAGGGAAGACAUUUUACAUUUAAUAUCAAAAGGAUAGAGUUGAUAUUGGAAUUAAAAACUAAUCUACAGAUUUCGUUUUGGACUUAAGAGAUUUUUGAGUAGUGGCAGAGGGAGAAGGAUUGAAAAUGGGAUGGUUGGGCGAUUGGAAUGAGGGAGAGACGGGGAUGAUUUUUUUUAGGUUGGGAUGAUCUUCUUCAGUUUCUUCUUCAGUGCUUUCUUGAGUGUUAUCUUCCGUGCUAAACUCGUCUCAUUCUUCUUCACUUUCUUCAUCUUCAAUUUCCAUUUGAGAUUCUAUAUUCUUUUUUCCAGACUCUUUUCAACAUUCUUGCACAUUCUUGUCAUAGUUCUAUCCUGAUCUUCAAUUUUUUUUUCUGUUAGUUUAGCUAAUGUUUGUGAAAGCAAAACUAUUAUUUUUUCUAGAGAUUCAUUCUUUUUCUCGAGUUCUUCAAUUUGGGUAUCUUUUUUAUCUACUGUGUGUGUGUUGUGCGUAUAUGAUGCGGUUUUGAAUGGGACUAGAAUUUGUGGAUUGGGUAUCAUUAAGGAGAGCUUUACGUGCCUCACCGUAAGAACAGUUGUUGUCGAUUUUGUACUUGAUGACCUGCUCUUCUAGAAGGUAACGGGGACAGGUACGAGACGUGGUGCUGUGGUUGUCCUUGCAGUUGAUGCAUACGGGGUCUACGGUGCACUCUCCAUGCGCAGGGAUACCACAGCUGUUGGGAUAACUCAAGUGAUAACACUGGGUUUUUUGCUGUAGAAAAAUGUAGAGUUCUUUAUUCGCUGCUACUGUAUCGCCAUGUGGUUUUUGACACUCGCUUCCCGUUUCUCCGUCUGUGCGCAAAUGACACAUGUGUUGUUGUGUUUACAAACGGGUUGAGUUCUUAUCAUUCGCGUUGCGAGAACAUUCGCGUUGCGCGAACAUACUGGCCCCUUCAGACGUUAGUUCUGAACCAUUGAAGUUACUGGAAGAAGACACAGCUUCGCAAUUGGCCGAGUGUAUUCGCCAGAAGCUGUCUUCAAUGUCACAACUCGUGCUACUCCAUCAUCGCCUGGGUGUGUUUUGAUGAUGCGUCCUAGCGGCCAAUGCAAUGGGGUAGUUGACUCGUCCUUGACCAAAACAAGUUGGCCAACGUCUAUUUUUACUGGUUGUUGGAAUGUAAGGGUUAUGAAACGGUCAUUUUGAAUUGUUUGCGGUUGUUUUGUCAGUUGGGAAUUAAAAGUUAAAUGUAUUUUCUGGCAGCACUGCCGAUCGACAAUUUGUGAUUAAGUAUGUGUGCGAAUAAAGCGGCACUAGCGCAUGAAACUCGAUACGAGCCGGACGUGUUCUUUACUUUGUCUCCUUUGGCGAUCGAAGACGACACAACAAAACACAACGUAGGGCGUAGAGGCGUCAAGGGGGGAAAGGAACCAACAAACCAUGUUCCAGAACGCAACAUUGGUGCCGUGACCAGGAUGGUCUAAUAUUUGCGGUUUGGUUUGACUGGUUAAAGUGAAGAACUUUGUGUGAUUUCUUUUGGCAAAAUUCGCGUAACGCGUGUGAAAUCUGAAAGUUCCGUAUCGAGCGUUGGUGGAUUUCUGAAUAAGAAAAAUCGCGAAAGCGUGAGAAAUCAUUGUGCUAGUGGGUGUUCUUUGCGUGUGUAUGCAUUUUGUGUCGCGUAUUAGAAAUGUCGGUUAGUGAAGAUUUUGCCGGUUUCUCUGACGCAUCGGGUUCGAACAAUACAAUGCAACACACACAAGCAGAAGAACUGGAUAUGAUUAUCCUAAAGCGCGAGCGCGACCGAGUCGUGCAAUCGUUGACAAGAAUCGACACGUUUUUGGCGCAGUACAAAGAGAGUGAUUUCCCAGAAUUGACGCCUCGUCUUGAUCUAUUGAACGAGCGUUGGAGGGAGUUUCAGGCUUUGGCUCGAAAUAUUGGCGCAAAAGAUUACAGUGAAGAUAACGAUGUGCUUUAUGGUGAGAUUGAAGACAAAGUCAUGCUAUUGAAAGGAAAAUUAUUGGGAAAGCUGCGGGCUGGAGCGGAGAUACCGAGUGUGAAACAGGAACGCGUGUGCGAUGAUUAUAAUAGUGUUCGUUUGCCUCAGUUGACGCUUCCUCAAUUUUCCGGAAAAUAUGACGAAUGGCUCCCGUAUCACGACAUGUUUGUUGUUACUGUUCAUGAGAACGAGAAAUUGUCGCAGGUUGAAAAGAUGCUUUAUUUGAAGGGUUCUCUGAAAGGUGAAGCGCUGAAGGUGGUGGAUACUUUGCAAGCCUGCAAUUCGAAUUAUGACGUAGCUUGGGAUGCUUUGAAAAAGCGAUAUUCUAACGAAUAUAUUUUGAAAAAGCGUCAUGUUAACGCGAUGCUACAAUGGCCACGGAUGAAAGUCAUGAACACGGUGGGUAUUCAUGGGCUUAUCGAUUGUUUCGAAAGGAACUUACAAAUUCUAAAGCAGUUAGGUGAAGUGACCGAACAGUGGGGAUGUUUGAUUAUUCAGAUAAUCAUUUCAAAGUUGGACGAAAGCACCCAACAAAAGUGGGAAAGGCACGUUGAAGAAAGUGAGCAAAAAACGGUGACGGAUUUGUUAAACUUUUUGCGCACACAGACGCGCAUAAUGGACGCGUUUGCAGUGGAUAGGCCAAUGGCGGCGGGCAAAUCUACAAGUGAACGUCGUGUUGCGUCUAAUGUGGCUGCAGAAGCAAAGUGCGCAAAAUGUGAUGGAUCGCACAUGGUGGAAAAUUGUGACUCGUUUCGGAGUUUAACGUUGCCGCGUCGUCGUGAAGUGGUUGAAGCUAAGAAGCUUUGCCUUAAUUGUUUGAGGCAAGGGCAUUUUCAAGCCAAGUGUUGGUCACGUGCGCGAUGCAAUAUUUGCAAUCGUAAACAUCAUUCCCUUCUACACGGUGAAAAUGUAAGUGAAACGAUCGGUCCGUCGGUUCGUGAAGAACUUCCAUCUACCAGUGGCACGCAAAAUGUGGUGGUGAACGCGUCAUCGAACAGAGAGUGCACUUCUGUGUUAUUAUCAACGGCGAUAGUGAGUGUGCGUGCGUGUGGUAACAAAUGGUUGUCAGCAAGAGCAUUGAUCGAUAGUGGGUCUCAGGUGAACCUGAUGACAAAGGGCUUGGCUGCGCGGCUUAAGUUACCGCAAUACGAAAGUAAAACGGCAUUAUCGGGAGUUGGACAUUCGAAAGUGGACAUAACGACGUCGGUAACGACUGUCAUACGUUCUAAAAGUUGUAACUAUCAAGAACGUAUGCAGUUUCUAGUGUUGCCGAGAAUUUCUAGCUACAGGCCGGUAAUUGGAAAUCAAAUUAGCAGGCAGAAUCUCCCGAUGAAUUUUGUGCUCGCGGAUCCUAAUUUCGAUAGUGAUGCUGAAGUGGAUUUAUUGUUGGGCUCCGAAUUUUACGCGACUUUUUUGAAACCGGACAACCGUGGUAAAAUUAGGCUCGAGCUACCAGCGCUCCCAACAUUUAUUAGCACUGUUUUUGGAUGGGUUGCAACUGGGAAAGUUCCGCUGGCUUCUGAAGGUAGCAAUUAUGUUACUUGUGGCACGUGUACUAGGUUGGACGAUUUAAUUGAGCGUUUUUGGAUUAUUGAAGAAAUACGUGAGCCGCUUCAACAUAGUCAGGAAGAAAGGGAUUGCGAAGCACAUUUUGUGCAAACUCAUCAGCGGGAUAGUGAAGGGAGAUAUAUAGUGAAGCUGCCAUUUAAGUGUGACUUACAGAACCAAUUGGGACCGUCCAGUGCGAUAGCGAGAAAACGAUUCUUGCAGUUAGAACGACGUUUCAAUCGGGACCCAUGGUUGAAACAAAAGUAUACGGCGGUUAUCAACGACUACAUCGACAAAGGGAUUUUAGUCAAAGUGGCUGCGAACCCGAUUCUGAGGAAGCGCAUGGUCAUUAUUUCUUACCGCAUCAUCCGGUAAUCAAGGCGUCCAGUACCAGUACAAAGGUACGACCUGUGUUUGAUGGAUCGGCCUCUACCGACGGUGGUAAGUCUCUUAAUGAUUCGUUAAUGACUGGUCCUGUGAUUCAGGAGAACUUGUUGGCGUUGUUGCUGAAAUUUCGGAUGAGGAACGUGGCAUUAGUGGCAGACAUAAAACAGAUGUAUCUGCAAGUCAAGGUGCAUCCCGACGACACUCGUUUUCAACGUGUAUUAUGGCGAAGUUCCAGAGGAGCCAUUAAAAACUCUAGGUAUCGCGUGGCUACCAGAAUCGGACCAACUGUACAUAGACUCGAACAUUCAGAUGAACAACGAGAGCUGGUCCCGUAGAAAGGUUUACUCUUUGGUAGCACGUAUAUACGACCCUUUGGGGCUGGUGGCUCCUGUGACAUCUUGGGCCAAGAUAAAUAUGCAAUCGUUGUGGUUGGCAACUGAUGACUGGGAUGAAGAAAUACCGGCUGUCAUGCAAGAACGAUGGUAUGCCUUUCAAUCACAACUCGGGUUGCUGAAGGAGGUUAAGUUUUCGCGCCAUGCUGUUGUGCAUAAUCCUGUUGCUGUUCAACUACAUUGCUUUUCGGAUGCAUCUGAAGUGGCUUAUGGGGCAUGCGUGUAUGUUAGAACGAUUGGUAGCAGCGGGGAAGUGGUAGUUGAGUUGCUUGCUGCAAAGUCUCGUCCUGCGCCGUUGAAAAGAGUCAGUUUGGCCCGGUUAGAACUUUGUGGAGCAUUACUGGCAGCAAGGUUGCAGAAAGUGGUACGCCAAGCGUUGAGAAUUCCAGACGUGGAAACCUUUAUGUGGACUGAUGCGACAAUCGUGUUGCAUUGGAUUCGAGCACCAUCCCAUUCUUGGGCUACGUACGUAGCGAAUAGGGUAUCCGAAAUUCAGGAAUUGACGCAUGGCUACAAAUGGAUGCACGUGAAGGGCGUUGACAAUCCUGCCGAUAUUGUAUCGCGUGGAGCUAUACCGAACGAGCUGUUAGCAUCGAAGCUGUGGUUCCAUGGUCCCGGGUGGUUACAACUAUCAGAGGAAGAAUGGAAGAAGAAUGCCAGCGGUGUGUUGGCAAUUCCCGAAGAGGAGUUAUUGGAACGAAGGAAGAGCUCAUUGGUGGCCGCAGUAAGUAGCGAGAGCGAUGAUUGGUAUGAUAGAUUUUCCAACUAUGACAAAUUACUGCGGAUCACUGCGUAUUGUAUGAGAUUUAUUCGUUGUUGCCAACGAAAGCUGGAUCCUAAACACAAAAGGUGUUUUGUUGGUGAGCGAGCUAGCAGAGGCGAAAAUUCGACUGGUUAAACGAGAACAACGGAUUUACUUUGCGGCUGAGAUCAAGGAGUUGUCUGCUGGGCAAACGGUACGUCCCAAAUCAUCACUGAAGACAUUAGGACCUUUUUUGGACGGUGAUGGUUUACUCCGAGUUGGUGGCCGCUUGCAUCGCGCCAAAGCUAUGCAAGUUUGUAGCAGAUUUCCGUUGGCGCUACCCAAGAAGUCACGAUUUACUAGGCUAAUGGCAGAAUAUUAUCAUCGAUUGGCACUUCAUGGUGGGCCAACUGAAACAUUGAGCGCACUCAGGAGAGAAUUUUGGCCAAUUCAAGGACGAUCUUUGGUCAAUAGUGUUUGCAGAGGCUGUCUGGUAUACUUCAGGAUGAAUCCCAUGUUAGUUCAACAACCACCAGGACAGUUACCCGUGUCGCGUGCUAUGCCAGCUCGACCAUUUUCGAUCGUAGGGGUUGAUUUCUGUGGACCCAUUUACUUGAAGCCGGUGCAUCGCCGAGCAGCAGCUGAAAAAGCAUAUAUUUCAAUCUUUGUGUGUUUUUCAGUAAAGGCUGUUCACAUCGAGCUUGUGGAGUCUCUAUCAACUCAUGCAUUUCUAGCGGCGUUUCGUCGGUUUGUGGCAAGACGGGGUUUGCCCAGCGAGGUCUAUUCCGAUAACGGUCUCAACUUCCAAGGAGCGAGUAAGGUGAUCGAUGACUUCUACACGUUGAUGAACAGCGAUUCGGCGGUGGAGGAUAUAUCGAGGUAUGCUGUUGGCGCUGGCGUUAAGUGGCACUUCAUCCCACCCCAUGCACCGAACUUUGGCGGCCUUUGGGAGGCAGCGGUAAAAGCGGCAAAACGCGUCCUACUGAAGGUUGUUGGUGAUCGGCAGCUGGCGUUUGGGGAGAUGUCGACGGUUCUGGCACAAGUGGAAGCUCAACUCAACAGCAGACCGCUUACACCGUUGUCGGAGGAUCCGGAAGAACUUGAUGUAUUGACGCCGGGGCAUUUUCUAAUCGGGGCUCCGAUGAACGCUCUACCGGAGCCUGACGUGGGUGAUGUACCAAUCAAUAGAUUGAAGCGGUAUGAGGAAUUGCGUAGAGUGGUACAGAAUCAUUGGGCGCGUUGGCGUAGGGAAUAUUUUAGCGAACUACAUAACGAACAUCAACGCGGCAAGGCAGUAGUAGAGUUAAAGGUAGGACAAAUGGUCCUGUUGAAAGAGGAUGGGAAGACUCCUCACCAUUGGCCAAUGGGACGGAUCGCUGAGGUAUUUCCUGGCCCAGAUGGCGUAGUGAGAGUCGUUAGUAUUAGGACUAGGAACGGCUUGUAUAAGAGGCCAGCGAAUAGGAUUAGUCUUCUUCCGUUUGAGCGAGUGAAUUAGAUAUCAUAAAGUCAGGCAUUUUGUGAAGUAAUGGAAAGAGGUAAAUUUGGUAAAUUUAGGUGGCCGCUAUGUUGGAAUGUAAGGGUUAUGAAACGGUCAUUUUGAAUUGUUUGCGGUUGUUUUGUCAGUUGGGAAUUAAAAGUUAAAUGUAUUUUCUGGCAGCACUGCCGAUCGACAAUUUGUGAUUAAGUAUGUGUGCGAAUAAAGCGGCACUAGCGCAUGAAACUCGA